AUGGCAGGUGAUUGGCUUAUAACUGUAGACGAACGACUCAAAUAUGAUUCGUUUUUUGAAACUCUUCGACCGAUGCAAGGCUUUCUAACAGGAGAUCAAACACGCGAAUUCUUUCUCAAAUCAGGCUUAUCGGCAGAUAUACUACGAAAAAUUUGGGAUUUGUCAGAUUUAACUGCAGAUGGUCGAUUAGAUCGACGAGAAUUUGCCAUUGCUUGUUAUUUGAUUUCGUCUCAAGUACAAAAGAAAUUUCUUUUACCAUCUACGUUGCCAUCUUCCUUGUUAACGGAUACAUUGAAAUCGUUAACAGCAAGCAAUGGAUCUUUUGCGUCGUUGAAAAAUACAAACUGUAUGACGCCAAUGUUCUCGUUAGUGCCUAGUACACCGUCAACAAAACCACUUAGGCCAUCAAUUUCGAUGGGAUAUGCGACAUUUCCAUCAUCUACAAUAGCAGCCCCGUUAACAAUAACUGGAGUACAAAAAUAUCACACUGCUGUACCACCGUAUGCUCUUUCCACUGGUAAUCUAGUAAAAUCUGGUACUUCAUCAACUGUGUUGCCUCCACUCACACCGGCCUUACGUGCAAAAUAUUUUCAGCAGUUCCAUGCAUUAGUCGAUAUAACAAAAACAAAUGGUUUUAUGAGCGGUUUACAAGCAAAAAAUAUUCUACAACAAACUGGUUUAUCUCAAUCUAUUUUACGUCAAAUAUGGUCAUUAGCCGAUUAUGAUAAAGAUGGUAAAUUAACAGCGGAUGAGUUUGCUAUUGCAAUGCAUUCAUGUGAAAUAAUCAAAACAGGUGCUAUAUUACCCGCACGUUUACCGGAUGAAUGGUGUGUGCAACAACAAGAGCGAAAAUUAUCAUUUGGAAGUAUUGAUGGACUAAAACCAAACGCAACGUUAUUUUCAACAGAAUUUAAUACUUUCAAAACGACGGAUACGGCAAGACCAAAAAGCGCAACAACAUCUAAUGAUUCUACAUCAGCAUCAACGGCUGAUUCAUCAAAUUUAUCAUCAACAGAUAGACGAAAUAGUGCAACGUCAUAUGAAGAUAAACGACGGAUGAAUUAUGAAGAUGGUAUUAAAGAAUUAGAAAGACGACGACAAAUGUUAAAAGAAAUAGAAGAACGUGAACAACGAGAACGUGAAGAACGAGAACGUUUAAGAGAAGAAAAAUUACUAAAACAAAGAGAUGAACAAGAUAGAAAAAAACAGUUAGGAUUAGAAAAACAAUUGGAACGUCAACGGCAAAUUGAACAACAACGAGAAGAAGAGAGAAAAAAAUUAAUUGAACAACGUGAAACAGCACGUACAGAAAUGGAAAGUCAACGGCGUUUGGAAUGGGUAUAUCAACGUAUGCAAGAAUUAUUAACACAAAAAUCACGUUUAUCCGAACAAAUUAAGUCUAUUAAAUCACGUGAGAAAGGUAUUGAAUCAGAAUUACAAAGUAUAGAUGAUAAAAUAGAAACUUGUCAAAACAAAAUUCAACAAACAAAUAAUUCUAUACACAACAUUGACGAUAUUAUAUCAAAUAUUCAAGAAGAUACAAUAAUACAAAAGACAGAGUUAGAAACGUUAGAACAAACAACAAAAGAAUUGAUAUCACGAUUAUCAACAACGCUCAAUCAAAAAGAAAUUCUCGAAUCGUCAUUAAAACAGUUCAAUCAAUCAAAAGAAUUUAGUACUACAAAUCGUGAAUCUGAUGUGAUACAGAUGACAAAAGGCCAAAUAGAACAUUUUAAAACGGAAAAUGUUCGCUUAGAUGAACAAAUUACAAUAAUAUCGGCUAGCUGUCAAGAAUUUCGAAACACAAUGGAAAAUGAUCCAUUUCAAACUACUGAUCCAUUUACAUCAAAUAAUAUUGACCAACAACUACAACAAACACAAAAGAACCAUAACGGUUGGAUUCAACAAUCAAAUGCUGCAAUUCAAGGCAAUGUAUCGGAAGUGAUUGAUGAUCCAUUUAGUGCGAAAUACGGAACUGAUAAUAGUUUUCUAUCAACAACGGACCCAUUUGCUGCACAAAUCAUUAAUUUACCACCUAAAAUAGUGUCCAAAAAAAGCGCUCGAAAAGUUUCAAUACAAGAAAAUAAUCGACAAUCCCAGCAACAGCAAGCGUUUGACUCCUGGGGUGGUGCUUCGAAGCAAAGUAAUGGUUUCGAUAGUGGUAACAGUAAUUGGAAAGCAUUUAAUACAUCACAAAUCAAUGAAAAUGAUACAUUUUCCUCCACAACCGAAUGGUCUCAACAACAGCAGAUAGAUAUUAAUUUUACAAAUACUGAUAACUCAGUCUAUAAGAAUUUAACAAAGUAUCGUGCUAUCUUUAAUUAUGUACCAGAACGUCAAGAUGAAUUGGCUAUUUCGAUUGAUGAUGAAAUUUUGAAGGCCAAGGUUGAACCUUCAAUGUCACAAGAUAAAGGAUGGCUUUUUGGAAUAUUGAAUCAAAAACAGGGUUUAUUUCCGGCCAGUUAUGCUGAACCUGUUGUUGAGCAUUCGACAUCUAACGCCAUUACAGUACCAGAUACGACUUCUACAUUGCAACUUGACCAUUCUAAAAGUCAAGUACCAAUCUCAACUGAAACUGUAAUAAAUCAGAUUAAACAAUUAUCAAAAGCAAAUCCGAUAAUUGAAAAACCAAUUAUAUUACUGUCAAAUGGUUAUCAAAAUUUUUCCAAGAUGCCAUUGAAUGAUGAGAUGGCUGAAUUAUAUGAAACAUUAUUCCCUUAUGUUAGUAGUGAUCCCAAAGAUCUGAGUUUUAGCGUCGGUGAACAUGUUACAGUUUUGAAACGUGAUGGUGAUUGGUGGACAGGAAAAAUUGGUGAUAGAAGUGGAGUGUUUCCAUAUAAUUAUGUUACAAAAGUUGAUAAACCUUUUCAAGAAAAAGCUAUUGUUAUUUUACCUUAUAAAUCAACAGAUAAAGGUCAAAUAUCUCUUGAAGUGGGUGAAGUAAUAUAUAUACGUAAAAAAGGCGAUAAAGGAUGGUAUCAUGAUCAAAAAGUGAAAGCGAUCUAUUCGUAUCAAGCACAACAAAGUGAUGAAUUAAGUUUUGAACAGGAUGAUAUAUUUACAGUUAUUAACGAAGCUAGUCAAGGAUGGUACAAUGCAAAACUUGGCAAUAAAAUCGGAUUGAUUCCAUCUACGUAUGUAAAUUCAAUUGAACAUGUUAAAAUAACAAAUCAAUCCGUCCCGUUAACUAAUCUAACGAAGUCUGUGUUUAAUCCCUCUCGUUUAUCGGCCAUUCGUGAGCUAAUUGAAACUGAACAGUGUUAUGUAAAUGAUUUACGAAUGGUUGCCAAUGAAUUUAUAAUACCAACAACUAAUCAUAAUAUUUUAACGUCAACCGAUAUUGAUUCAUUAUUCAUAAACUGGUAUGAUUUAAUUGCAUGUAAUGAAACCUUUCUUCAGACAUUAAAAACACAAAUUACACCGUCAUCAUCAUCAUCAUCAUCAUCAUCGUCGUCGUCUGAUCGUGAACGACAACAUCCAUUAACAUCAUCAUCACUACGUUCAUCUUCACUAUCAAAUAUAAAUCGAAUGAAUCGAUUAAAUAUACAAUCUUCUGAUCAUUCAUUAACACCAUCUUCAAAUAUUUCAACAUCACCCUCAUUACGAAAUAUAAAACGUUCACAUCAUCAUCGAUCACCAUCCGCUCAUUCAAUUAUUCCAAAACGUUCACAAUCAAUAUCACAACAACCAAAUACAACAUUUACUAUUUCCGAUGAUGUAUUAAUUGGUAAUAUUUUAUGUGAACAUUUACCACAUAUGCAUAAAGAUUAUUUUCGUUAUUGUAAUUCUCGUACAUAUUCAAAUAAAUAUUUACAAGAAAAAUUAGAAACAAAUGAACAAUUUCGAAUACAAUUACAAAAAUUUCAAGAAAAAUGUGGUGGUUUAGGAUUAAAUGGAUAUUUAAUGAAACCAAUUCAACGUGUAACACGUUAUCCAUUAUUAAUUGAAAAAAUUCUAAAACAUACCGAUAUUAAUCAUCAUGAUUAUCAUCUAAUCAAAGAUGCCUACGAAAAAGCGAGACAUUUAAAUGAAGAAAUAAAUAAACAAAUAAGUGAACAAGAAAGUUCAACAAAAUUAGAUUGGUGUCAACAACAUAUUCGAUUAGAAAAUGAUGAUGAUAUGUAUUUGUACGAUGAAUAUCUUAUCUUUAACUCAUUAACAAAAUAUAAUAUUAACCGAAAAUUGUUAUUAAAUGGAUUAUUGACAAAACCAUUAUUUUUGUAUGAUAUAUCUUCUGCACAUGAAGCAUUAAAUGAUCAAUUAUCAUUUUCUAUAACAACGAAAAUUUAUGAUAAACCAAUUAUCUUGAAAGCACCUCAAACAAAUGUUCGAACACUAUGGGUAAGAACAAUCAAUGCUAGUGUUGAAGAAUGUCUGCUAGCUGAAAAAUCAAUUUUAGCUGAGAAAGGUGUUUUUUUAAAUACAGUAGAUAAUCGUUUAUCAAAACCUAGUAUUGCACGUUUGAUGUUAUUUGUACAAGAAGCUAUGGAUUUAAUGCCAUCCACUAAAACACUUAAUCGACAUCGUAGUAUUGAUCCAUAUUGUGAAAUAACUAUUGGUAAUUUAACAUUGAAAACACACUUUGUUAAACGAAGUGUUCAACCAAAAUGGAAUACACCUAUGCAGUUUAUGUUAACUGAUUUCGAUACGGAUAUUAUUCAUAUUUCAAUUUAUGAUCAUGAAUUUUUUUCACCACCCGAAUGUUUAGGUUCAACAUCAUUAUUAUUAACUGAUUUAAUACCAGAAUCGAGUGAUGAUCGUCGUUUCUCAAAAAUGUUAGAACAAACAUCCGUUCCAUUCACCCAAACAUUAUAUUUAAAUAGUGGUUGUUCGAUAAUAAUUAAAUUUUAUAUUCAACUUCUAUCAUCUUCUUCUUCCGCACAUUAA